AUGGCGUGGCGAUUUGCAGCCUCGAAGUUCAAGAAUACUACACCAAAAUUGCCGAAAAAAGAGGUGGGUUGGGAUUUUUGGGCGGAAAUUUUGCAUGUUUUUUUUGGUUUUGUUAGCUGAAAAUGUCGAUUUUCAGCCAGAAAUUUCAAUGAAAAUUGACCUUUUUUCAUAUCCCCAGAAAUUAUCAGAUUUUGAUGAAAAAUUAUCUAGAAAUUGUCAAAUUUCAAGUUUUUCAACCAGAAAAUCAUGAAAUUUAUCAAAUUUUGUCCCAAAAAUGUCCUGUCCCUGCCUUAACCCUGUGCUUAUUAUUUUUGUCCAUUUUUUUUGUUAUGUGCUGUUUUUUUUCGCCACAAACAGAAUGAAAUGGAGCAGCACCAGCAAUUUUUGGCUCAACAAUUGACGAAAAACGAAAAUGAGGAAAUUUGUCAAAUGAUCACUUGUAAAUUGAAGAUUUCGACGGUUUGUUUUUGGCUUCUUUUUUUCGUGUGUUUUUGUACAUGUUUUGUGUUGGAAAAUGUGGGAUUUUGAUAGAAAAAUUGAGUUUUUCAGUGGUUUUUGACCUGAAAUUGAUUUUGAGUGGCUCCGGAAAAUGAAAUUUCAAAUUUUCCAAAUUUUUGUUCAAUUGUUCAAACUGUGAUGCGCGAAAUCCACGUGGCAGAAGUUGAAUUUUGAUGAAAAAAUGUGGCCGACGUAGAAAUAAAAUUUAGUUCGUCAGUCGCGUGCGGCUGUGCGUCGCGGUCGGGACAACAACCAAUACGACCGCGACGCACAGCCGCACGCGACUGACGAACUGAAUUUCUUUUUUUUACGCCACCCACGUUUUCAACUUCGAUAAUAUAGGAAACAUUUUCAAAUUCAAAUUUUUCAACGUCAAAAUUCAGCUUUUGCCACGUGGAAUUUUCGGCACAAAAUUAUCAAUGUUUAUUUUUUCCGCCAGAAAUUUUUGAAAUCGAAAAUCCCACAUUUUCCCUCCUCCAAAAGUUUCCCACUGAAAAUUGCAUGUUUUUUACCUCUACCGUUCUAUUUUCUUUCAAAUCCUCCCAAUUUUUAAUCCAAUAUUCAAAUUUUCAGGACACAAUAUUCGACGUGCCAGUCGGCAAUCUCUCAUGUACAAAUAACGGAAUUCAAGUCAGCGCCGACUUUUUGGCGUUUCACAUCGAAGGCGAAGGCGGAAAAUUGGGCAUUUUGCCGACGGGUGUAAAAGGCAGACGCACAAGAAAUGAUAUUUGGAUUGUUGCAGCGCAUGGAGGUAAUUUUGAGAGCCGGAAAAGUGGAUUUUUCAUCAAAAAUAACCUAAAAUUCAUCAUUUUUAAAGAAAAAUGACCUAGAAUUGAUGAUUUCCAAGCAAAUUUGAGAUUUUUGAGGUAUUUCAACCUGAAGUUCAUGAAAAAUGACCUAAAAAUUAUGAUUUUUGUGUUGAAAAUCAUGAAAAAUGACCUGGAAUUGAUUAUCCCGGAAUUUUUAGGUUUCAAAUUUUUUAAAAGAAUUUUUGAUUUGUUUCACAGUUAAUAUAAAUACGAUAUUGUUUUUUCAAAAAUCAUCAAAUUUCACCCCUCAAAUUUAAAUGUUUCUUGCAGAACAAGUGUCGGACUUUCAAUUUAUGACAUAUGCCGAUAAUUAUCUGGCGACUUGUAGUCGAGACGAAUCGGUCAAAUUAUGGAAGCUGUCGCGCGACUCAUCUCCCACUCUUGCCACACAAAUUGAUAUUGGAGCUGGUGUUGUUGUUGAAACUAUGAAGUGAGUGGGGAUUUUUGAGCCAAAAAUCGUCAAAAAUGGUGGAUUUGAAGGUGAAAUUCAUGAAAAAUGGACAUUUUUGACCUGAAAUCAUGGUUUCCACAUCAAAAUUGAGGUUUUUAGCCGAAAAUUGAUAAUUUAUCAAUGGAGCGCGUUUGCUUGUCCGAAUUCAAACAUAGAAUUAUUAAAAAACUCUUUUUUCAAUGAAAAUUAUGAAUAUUUAGUCAAAUUUUUAUGAUUUUCUUCAAGUUCGACUGGUCAAUUUCAAGCUUUUUCCAGCCUAACCUGAAGUUCCCCAUUUUCCAGAUCACAUUCUACGGCCUCCAAUAUUUUAGCCAUGGGCUCAUAUGCUAGUGUAUUUAUUGCUGAUGUUUCUACUCAAAAAAUUGCGAUUGGUGAGUGUUUUUCGGUGCUGAAAUUGAAAAAAUUGCUGAAAAUUUGGUUUUUGCCUCAAAAAUGAUGAAAAAUGAGUCUAAAUUUGGGUUUCAACUAACAAUCCAAAAAACGCGCUUUGGGCCGGGCUCGAUCCAGGACCUUUUGAUCAAUAAUUUGUUACUAAAAUUUCAAGAUGAACAGCCUGAAAUUCGAAUAGUUUCUAUAAAAAUUAAAUAAAAAAUUUCGCAUUGGGCCGGGCUCGAUCCAGGACCUUUUGAUCAAUAAUUUCCCCCUAUUUCCAGCACUCGAUGGAAUUGUGGACAAAAGUCAAAGUUUGGAUUGGUCAGAAGAUGGUCGACUUUUGGCUGUCAGCGGAGACAAAGGCCGUCAAAUUGUUGUUUUUGAUCCGAGAACUGGCGGACAGCCAAUUUAUUCGCUAGAAGGACAUGCUGGAAUGGGAAGAGAGGCGAGAGUGCUUUUUGCUGGAAAUCGACUCAUCUCAACUGGUUUUACUAAUGUGAGUUGGUUUUGGAAGGGAUUUUGGAGCAUCUUGAGCUCGAAAUCAUGAAAUUCUGAUGAUUUUGAGCCUAGAUUCAUUAGCAGAGGCUGAAAAUCACAUUUUUCUAUUGAAAAAUGGAUGAAUUCUGGGAUUGUUGAGCCUAAUUUGAAAAUUGUGAGCUUCUGAAUCUCAAGUUUUGAAAUUUUUGCUUUUUGGAGCAUUUUUGGUGCCAUUAUUGAUUUAAAAUUAAUUUCAGGUCAAAAUUUAUGAGCUUAGGCUUAAAUUUGACGAAAAAUCAUGGUUCUAGGCUUAUUUUUCAUCGUUUUUCAUGAAUUUUGGUUCAAAAUCCAUAAUUUUCCAACAAAAAUUUUUUUUUUUUUUUGCAGAAACGCGUUCAAGAAGUUCGUGUUUUCGAUGCGCAAAAAUGGGGUUCACCAAUUCACACCCAAGAAUUUGUAUCAACAACCGGCGUCUUGAUUCCACACUACGAUGCGGAUACUCGAUUGGUGUUUUUGUCCGGAAAAGGAACCAAUAAGCUAUUUAUGAUGGAAUUGCAAGAUAGACAACCUUAUAUGUCUUCUGGUGAGUGUUUUGGGCCCAAAUUUGUGAUUUUUGACCAAAAAUUGGUAUUUUUAGCAUGUUUUCUAUCAAAAAUUGAUGAUUUUUGACCUGAAAAUCCUCAAAACCUGAUUUUAAUUUUUACAGUCUUCGAACUCACUUUACCCGAACAAACUCUCGGAGCAGCAAUUGGCUCAAAAAGAAGAAUCAAUGUGAUGGACGGUGAAGUUGAUACCUACUAUCAACUCACAAAAUCCACAAUCGUCCCAACUCCUUGUAUUGUUCCACGUCGAAGUUAUCGCGAUUUCCACGCGGAUUUGUAUCCGGAAACACGUGGCGCAGAAGCGGGAUGUGAUGGAUAUGAAUGGUUGGCUGGCAACAAUUCGGCACCGCAGAAGAUUAGCCUUGCACCCAACACGAAUUCAUCGCCGCCACCACAGGAACCAACACCGCCGGCGGCGAAAGUCAAACCAAUGACACAGCAGACGCAGAAUUAUCCGCCGGAAAUUGUGAAGAAGGAGAUUGAGAAGGCGAAAGUUGAGGAAUUGGAUUAUCGAAAAUAUGAGAAGGAGAAUGGGCAUGGAGUGGUGCAUACACCAAUCACACCGCCGACUAAUAGUACACAGGGGUGAGGAUUUUGGGGGGGGGGGGAGGGAGGGGGGUUUGGGAGAAAAAAUGGGAAAAUUUAAGCCCGGAAAGUUGGAAUUUGAGAAUUUUAUCACAAAAAUAGUUAACAAAAAACAGGCUGAAAAACUUUUUCAGCAGUUUAACCUUGAUAAUCUAUAGUUUUGAUACAUUUUAAGCUCAAAAUUGCUUCAUUUCUGCAAAAAUGCUCAUUUUCACCACUUUUGUGUUAAAAAAUUCCUAUUUUUCAAAAACAAAAAAAAAUACGUUUCAAAAUUUUGAUAUAAUUUAUUAUCAAUUUUUUUUUUUCAAUUUAUUGUUUUUAGAUUUUAUCCCUGCGAAAAGCGAAAUUUUUUGAUGAAUCUUGAUCCUGAAUUUUAGCCUAGAAUUAAUUUCUGGUAAAAUUUUAGAUUUUUCACCCUCGGAACUCUCGACAUUUGUGAAAAUUUGAGAAAUUUGGGUUUGAAAUAUCAUUUUUGAAGAAUUUCGAGGUUUUUAUGGAAAAAUUGGGAUUUUUUGCCAGGGAAAUUGAAAAAUAGAGCUUUUUAGACUAAAAUUUAGGAUUUUUCGGGUUUAAACUUGAAUUUUUCACACAAAAUUGGGCUCCAAAGUUGGUUGGGCGAUUUUUGGGCUCUAAUUGAGUUUUGGGAAAAAAUCUGAGGUUUUUAGGUGAAAAUUGAGAUUUUUGAGCCUGGAAAGCAAGAAAAUGCUCGAAAUUUCUGUUUUCUAGACGAAAAUUCUGAAUUUUUGAUGAAUCUUGUAAUAUUAAUUUCUGGAAUCCAUUCCAGAAUAAAUUUUAGGUAUAAUUUUUCAAUUUUUGACCUUUUCUCACUGAAAAUUUGAUGAAAAUCGGAAAUUUUCAAGUUUUCCGAAGGGCUCCGAAGUUUUAUUAGAAUCGUAAAGAAAUCUGUGGUUUUUAUGUCAAAAAUUGGAUUUUCAAACUAAAAUUGGGGAUUUUUUUUUAAUUUUUGAGUUUCUAAAAUUCUCAUAUUUUUUUGCAGAAAUUCUCCAUCUUCUGCAUCUCCACUAACAAUAACAUCACCAGAUCCAAUAACAAUAAUCCAACCACCAUCUUCAAAUAAUUCAUCGGAAAAUCAACGAAUUUCGGCGUCUGUUUCGACACCAUCUUCAGUUGGAACCGGAGGAGGAGGAACACAAUCAAUUAUUGAAAAAUCGACUGAAAAUGCGUCGACAUCGAAUGGAACUGAACCUGUCACGUUUCGAAAGACGAUUGGAGCUAGUAGUGAGUUUUUGAGGGGAGCAUUUUGAGCCGGGAAUCGUGAAAAAUAAGCCUAAGCUCAUAAUUUUUGACCUGAAAUUAAUUUUGAAUCAAAAUUCAAGAAAAAUGAGCCAUAAACUAUGAUUUUCGGUCAAAUUUUGACCUGGAUUUUGUGUAAAAUUGAAUUUUCAUCUACAUUUUCACGAUUUUCAGCCCGAUUUCCAAAUUUUUGAACCUAAAAUUACUCCAGAUCUUCUCAAUUCAACCAAUUUUUAAUUUCAGGUCGUUCACAUCCACUUUCACAACGAGUUCGUCCAAAAUCUUGCGUCGUCGGCCAAAUCACCUCGAAAUUCCGCCACGUCGAAACUUUGGCUGGAAUUAAAGCCAACAAUGCGGUGUUUUCGAAUUUGCGAAAUGUGAAUACGAGAUUGCCGCAAGAAACGAAUGGAUGUUGUUGUAGUGGAAAGGUAUCGAGGGUUUCUGGUGAAAAUUUGGUGAAAAUUGAGCCUGGAGCGGAUUUUGAGCAGAAUUUUUGAGAUUUCAUCUAUUUUUCACCCAAAAAUCACAUUUUCUAGUACCAAAACCAUAAUUUUUGCUUCUUUGCAGUUUGUCGCUGUUCCACUAGCCGGACCCGCUGGAAUAAUUGGUAUCUAUGACGUGGAUUCGCCUGGCAAAUUGGCAGAUGGUGUAAUGGAUGGAAUCUAUAACAAAGCCGCAAUCACUGAUCUCCAAUGGAAUCCAUUUGAUGAUGAACAAUUGGCAGUUGGAACUGAUUGUGGACAAAUUAAUUUGUGGAAAUUGAGAAGAUCAGAUGGAACGAGAAGUGAAAUGGAACCGGAAAAAGUGUUGAAGAUUGGAGGAGAGAAGAUUACUUGUUUGAGGUGAGGAUUUGGAGGGUUUUGAGCCAAAAUUCGUACCUAGAAGUCGAAAAUUCGAAAUUUUACGAAAAAAUCGCUGUGGGGGCUUAAAUUAAGGGAUUUUUGACCCGAAAUUCGUGAAAAUUGACCAAAAAUUGAGGUUUCUGGCAAAUUUUGAUUCAAAAUUCCAUCGGAAGUUAGAAAAUUCAAAAAUUUCAUGAUAUUUAUGCUUGAAAAUUCUCAUUUGAUCAGAAAUUGUAAGCAAAAGCUUGAAAAUUCUCGUUUGCUGUUCAAAAUUGCUCAGAAAUUUGAGAAAAAAAUUGAUUUUUGAACGAAAAUGGUCUGAAAAUGCGUAUUUUCCCACAGAUUACUAAAAAGUUGUAUAAAAAUUGCUCAAAAACUAUUUUUAUCUGAAAUUCACCCAAAAUGCUCGUAUUUUUCCAGAUGGCACCCACUGGCCUCAAAUCUUCUAGCAGUUGCUCUUUCAAAUUGCACAAUCGAAAUUUGGGAUGUUGCCGAAUCGAAAUUGUAUCAUCGAUUCUCGAAUCACACUGGAGCGAUUCUGGGAAUCGCAUGGUCAGCUGGUGGAAGACGUUUGGCAUCGGUUGGAAAAGAUUCGAUGUUGUAUGUGCAUUUGCCAGCCGAACAAGGAGAAUCGAGGAUUUAUGAGAGAAAAGUGAGCCAAAAAUUGGGAAAAUUGCGAAAUUUUGAGCUUUUUGUUGAUUUUUGGACACCAAUUUUUAACUUUAGAUCUUGAAAUGAGCUAGAGAACUGGAUUUUUAUUUUAAAAAAUGAACAAAAAUCAUUUCAAGCUUGAUUUUUGAUUCAAAAAAAAUUGGGAAAUUCAUCAAAUUUUGACCAAAAAUUGGGAUUUCUGAUCAAAACCAACUGGAAGUGGUGAAAUGUUGAUCUGAAAAUUAUUUCUGGAUGAAUUCUUAAUUUUCGGAUCUCAGAAAAUCCCAUUUUCUAGGUUUUCGAGCCGAAAACCUAGAGAUUUUUUGAUGAAUGUCAAAUUUGUUCUAAAAAUCUAGAGAAAUUACGGUUUUUUAUCGGAGAAAAUCAAAUUUUCAUCAAAAUCUGAAGAAAUCCCUAUUUUUCAUAUCGAAAUUCUAUUAUUCCUAGUGAAUUUCAGCCAGAAAAUGCAAUUUUAUGGUUUCCCACUCAAAAUUUUAUGGUUUUUUCUGAUUUCUGGACCAAAAAUCAGGUCCAGGAUGAUUUUUUGCUCAAAAUUUUGAUUCUUUCAGGUUCUCGAAUCGACACGUGCCGCCCGUGUUUUAUUCGCGUGCGAUGAUCGAAUUGUGAUUGUAAUUGGGCUAACUCGAAGCAGUCAACGACAAGUUCAAAUGUACGAUGCGACAACCGUCGAUUUGCGACCAAUCUAUAAUCAAGUCAUCGAUUCGGCCACACAACCAUUGAUUCCGCACUAUGACUAUGAUACGAAUGUGUUGUUUUUGACGGGAAAAGUGAGGAUUUUGGGGGGGGGGGGAGAUUUUGAGACGGAAAACGUGAAAAUCUCAUGAAAAAUUCAUUUUUCGCAGAAUUUUGAGCCAAAAUAUAUGAAAAUUGGCAAAACUUGAGCUAGUUUAUUCCCAAAAUUAUCGAAAAUUAAUUUUUGAACCAAAAAAACGUGAGAAAAAAGCCUUUAGUCAAAAAUUGAUGAAAAAAUCAUUUUAGGUUAAAUGUUGAGUAAAAAUUCAAAUUUCAGACCAUUUUCAGUUUGAUUCCGUGUCGAAAAAUUUCAAAAUGUUCACUAAAACCUCUCAUAUUUUCUAUACAGGGUGAUCGAAUUGUGAAUAUGUUUGAAGUGGUCUACGAUUCUCCAUAUCUACUACCACUCACACCAUAUAUGUCACCAAUUGGCGGACAAACAAUCGCAUUCCACAAUAAAUUGCGAUGUAAUGUGAUGGCUGUCGAAUUUCAAGUUGGAUGGAGAUUAACGGAAAAAAGCCUGGAACAAGUUAUCUUCCGCGUUCCGCGCAUCAAAAAAGACGUAUUCCAAGAUGAUUUGUUCCCCGAUGCGAUUGUCACUUGGGAACCCGUCACAACUGCACGAGAAUGGAUGAGUGGAGUGGAAGUGACACCGGUGUUUAGAAGUUUGAAACCGGAAGGAGUUUAUUCGUCGGGUAAGCAUUUUGGGGAAGGAUUUUGAGCUGGAAAACGCGAAAAAUGACGAAAUUUGGAGCAUUUUGACACCUGACACGGUGUAUUUUGAAGACUGUGCCGCAAAAUUGCGAAAUCCCCAAGCUCCGCCCACUUUUUUGUGCCCUAUGGGGAAAUUCUUCGUUUUUUGAUACCCAACACGGUGUAUUUUUAAGCCACGCCCAUUUUUUGCAAUUUUGCGGCACGAUCUUUGAAAUAAACCGUGUUUGAUGUCAAAAAAUGAAGAAUUUCGCAUAAGGCAUAGAAAAAAGGGCGGAGCUUAGAAAUUUUGCAAAAAAAUCCCAAAUUUUCCAGAAAACCCUUUUUUUUGCAGUUCCCCGUCCCGUAAUUAGCUCAACUCAACCAAUUCCAUCAGUUCGUCACUCGGAAAUGCCAAGCUCAUAUUCAAAUGAAAAAUCACAAGUUGCGCGAACUCCGCAAAGUUGUGCAGUCGAAAGUCAACAAAAUACGCCGCCGGAUUUACAGCAGGUAACAUUUUCCGGCUUUUUCUCGAAAUUUUCAGCCCAAAAAUUGCAUUAAUAGGUGGAUUCUGAGCCGGAGGAGCCGUAUUUUGAGCCAAAUUUGAAAGUUCCGAAAUGCGUUUUUCCUGAAGGAAAUUUUGAGGAUUUUGAAGAUGAAGAGGAGGAUGUAAGCUGGAAAAAAUUGACUGAAAAUCUGAAAUUUUUCAUUUUUUUUCUAGAUUAUUGAAACGUAUUUGUAAAAAUUGCCCAUUUAUAGUUUUGGUGAGCAUUUCGAGCCCCUUUGUGCUUUUUUCUCCUGACUGGCUUUUUUAUGGGUUUUUUCGGCUGGAAAUGUUGGGUUUUGGGCUGAAAAUUGAGUUUUUUCGUGAAAACCUGGAAUUGUCAGCAUUUUUUGGCCUAAAGUGAUCAAAUCCAGAAAAAGCAUGAAAAAAAUGGAUUUUUAACUUGAAAUUUUGAAUUUUUAAGCUUUUUUCACCUAAAUUUGAGAAAUCCAGGUUUCUUGGCUGAAAAAAUCUGAAAAUUGACCUGAAAUUAAUUUUUAUUAGAAAUUUAACAAAAAAAAAUUACAAAUUUUCAGCAUUUUAAACUCAAAAUCAGGAAAUCUAGGUUUCUUUGUUGAAAAAAUCUGAAAAUUUCGGUGAAAAAUUGAUUUUUACGUGAAAAAUAGCACUUUCAACCUAAAUUUUUUCAAAAAAUCGAAAAAUGUUCGCUUUCUUCUGCCUUCUAUCCUUCUUCGUUGUCCAAAAAUUCCCCGAAUUUUGAGCCAAAAAAAUGUGCUCAACCUGAAAUUAAUUUCAGGUCGCCGCUGCCUGGUCAACCAAAAUCAACGUAGAUACUCGCCUUGAACAAGAUCGUAUGGAAGGAGUUGAUGAAAGUGAAUGGAAAUAG